AGCUCAAAAGGAGUGGGGAAAGGAGGCCAUGGCAACGUACCCGCAAUCAACCAACUCACCACGAGGAAGACGACGGCUAGCAGCAGCUAAACAUUCCGGACAAAACUUUCCCAACGCCUCCACAUGAGAUACUUACAGAAGAUCAAACUUGUGAGCAAUCAACAGAGCAGAAGAAGUAGUAGAAGCAAUAAUCAAGCUCGUAGUAGUAGUAGUACUGCUUCUCACAAGAUCCCCGGUGCUCCCCCGCCGCCUCCGUCGCCGCCUUGGCUCGCCUCCCAGCUUCGAUCGAAGUAUUCCCAAUCUCACGGCGGAGAAGAAGAAGGCUUCAGAGACCCCCGCGGCCGCGCUCAUUGGGUUCCCGAGACCACGUUGAGCACUUCCAAAUUCAAUCAGUCAGGGAUGGUGUCGACGACGGCGGUGGUUUUGAUGAUUGGUCUUAUGGGAAUGGUUUAUCAGGCCACUCAGCUUACUCCGCCGCUGCAGAGUGAUCCUAAUGCAGAGGAGCACGCUGACGAAUCCACGAGAAUCAGGCUUAGCGAUGGGAGGUACCUGGCUUAUAGGGAGAAAGGGGUUCCAAGAAACAAAGCCAAGUACAAGAUUAUUCUUGUUCAUGGCUUUGGAAGCUCCAAAGAGAUGAACUUUCUGGCACCUGAAGAAUUGAUAGAGGAGUUGGGGAUCUGUUUCUUGCAAUUUGAUCGAGCUGGAUAUGGAGAGAGUGACCCUAACCCGAAGAGAUCAGUAAAGAGUGAGGCUUUGGACAUCGAAGAACUUGCGGACCAACUUGAGCUCGGAUCCAAGUUUUAUGUCAUUGGGGUAUCUAUGGGAUCAUAUCCAAUUUGGAGCUGCCUCAAAUACAUACCGAACAGACUAGCAGGUGCAGCACUAAUUGUCCCAAUUGUCAAUUACAAUUGGCGUUCCCUUCCUCAAAGUCUCAUAAGAGAUGACUACCGUAGGAGGCUUGUACAGUUGACGUACUUCUUUUCAAGCUAUGCGCCUGGAUUACUGCAUUGGUGGGUUUCUCAGCAAUGGCUUCCUUCGAAUUCUGUACUGGAGAGGAACCCGGUAUUCUUCAACCCUCAUGACAUUGAGAUCUUGAAGAAGAUACCAGGGUUCCCAAUGCUAAGCAAGGCUAAAUUGGUAGAACGAGAAGUUUUCGACACUCUGCGCCAUGAUUUCCUGGUGGGUUUUGGAGACUGGGAAUUCGAUCCAACAGACCUAGAGAACCCAUUUCCUUCAAACACAAGCAAUGUUCAUAUCUGGCAAGGUCUUGAAGACAGGGUUGUCCCGUUUCAACUCCAGAGAUUCAUUUCGGGGAAGUUACCAUGGAUUCGAUACCACGAGGUUCCUGAAGGUGGGCAUCUAAUUGUGCACUACAACGGGCUUGGAGAGGCUGUAUUGAAGUCACUUUUACUUGGGGAAGAACCUCUUACUCUAAACCAUGUACAACCAUAGCCGAACCGUAAGGAAAACUUAUCAAAUUGAUAUAGUUGCAUCAUGAUUUGUGUUGUUUGUCUGCUCUUACAAUUAGAUUUGAGCUCCUUUAGGGGAUUGUGUAAACAUUUGUAUUUUGAAAGGUGGAAGUGAAUAUAAAUUCUUUCAUUUACAAGACUCAUAAAUGUUCCUUGUCUCGCAAUUAUGGGAAGUGGGGCAAGAGCCAUAAAGAACAUGUGGGUAUCUGCUGGCCUUCUGCAGCUGCUUCUCAAGCAGGUACAAGCCAGGAUAGCCAGGGUUUUUUGAAGUGUCUCAAUUUGAUCAAAACAGUAAAACAGUAAAAGUCAGUUUACCCCUUGUUUUUACUCUCCUUCUUCUGAGAUUCUCCAAGCUGUAUAAUGAUUGGCAAUUUUGCUAUUUGAUUGAAAAGCAAUGUAUGAUGAUCCCAGUUACUGGGAUUAAUUUACUAUUUCUUGGUGUUUCAGAAUGAUGCAUUGGUCCAUAUAGAACCAUGGACAGGCUCAGGUGGACAUGAAGGAAUGAUUCGUCAGAAGCAUGUCCCCUAUUCAUUCAACAUUAUAAGUUCUGCAGACAAUCUCCUAUGGCAGUGAGAAGACUUCAUCAAACAGGGCAAGCAAGGUGAGAACUUGGGGCUUGGCUGUAUCCUGUUAUGUUGCUGCACAUAACAUAAGUCCAAAAGUUGUGAAAUCCUACUAGGAUUAUACCAGAAAAGUCUGUGAUAGAGUAUUUGGUACUAAAAUUGUGCUUUAAUCGUGAUUCAAUCGUUUCCUACCGCUAAAACCAACUACCAGUUUGAAUCCGAUAUUUGGUAUUUCCGGUCCGAUCGGGUUCAGUAGGAUUUUCUAAAACAGAAAGUACAUAGUGUUUGUGGAUAGUGCACGCAUGCACCUACCCUGAAUCAUGAUGUAAAAGAAAAGCUCCAAACUUGACCCUAAAUUUCAGCACAACAAGACAAGAACCCUAAAACAAACAAUGUAAAAGAAGAAGAGAAGAAACAACCAAAACACUUUCUGAUGACACAAAGCAACAAAAGAUUAAAGAGCAUGCCAUCAUCAUCUGUGCGACUGUGCCCUUACCCAUGCAGAAAGCAACAAAACGCUCCCAAAACAAAAACAAAAAAAAAAAACAAAAAAUCCUACCCUUAACUCAUAAGGUGAAAAUAAAACACCAUAUCGAGAAUCCGAAUUCAAUCCAUAUGUUUGGUCCGGCUUUUAGAAAUGCUUUUCGGGUUCAAAAGUUGAAGCAGGGCCAAACACCUGUAAAAGUCUGGCUUUUGAAAAGCCGAAAAGCGCUUUUGUAUAACAUAAAAGCAGAAGCUCCGAUUUGGAGCUUCUGCGAAAAGCUGUUUUGAAACUACAAGAUUAUCCUUACCAUAUUUUAAUUUUAUUUCAGAAAAUAUAAUUUUCCUUCAUUUAUAUCAUUUUAAAAAUAAAAUAAAUUAUAAAAUCAUAUUAUUUAAUAUGAAAGAAAUCUAACAAGAUGACUACUUUUUAUUGUUUAGAAUUUUUAUUCAUAUUUUAUAUUAUAAGUCCUUUAUAGUCAUUUUACACAACCUCUUAUAUUAAAAAGCACUUCUAAUAGUUUUACCGCCAAACACUCAACUGUUUUUUUUUAAAAAGUACUUAUCUAAAAGCUCCAGCCAGAAGCUGCUUCUGCAAAAUCUACCGCAGGGCCAAACUAAGCUAAUAUCGAAUAAGAUUUUCUUGAAUUUUUUCUAAAAAAAAAAAAAAAGAUUUUCUUGAAUUUGAAACUUGACAAUCCAAUGAACUAGUUUCUGAAAUCAAGUCGAGGUAGCAUAUUCUCUACGAGAUGAAUUCAACCAUGAUAUUUCGAAGAUCAUAUCGAAACCGAACCGGUUUAAACGAUAAUAAAAGUCUGCCAAUGAC